CUUUGCCUUACAGCAUUUUCUAGGAGUGCAUUCUAAAUCAAACAGACAAGUAUAUGGAGUCAGUCCUGAAGGUAGCUCCCAGACAUGUCAGAACAGACAAACAAUACUAUGAGAAGGAGGGCUGCUCUGCUCCCUCAGGAAGGAGGGAGCAGGGCCCCAUAUUGGGGGCACAGGCUGCUAUCUUCGAGACCCACCAUGCUGGGGAAGGAAAUGAGAGAAAGGGAAAACACCACAAAGCUUUCCUGCCAUGUUCACGUUGCCUUUUUCCCAAAUGAGCAUUUGCUUGGUUGGCAUAAACCUUUGGCUCUUUUCCAGAGUUCAGAUAAAAUUGAUUCUGACUGUUUUUGCUUGAUUUGUCAAUGUUUCUGGAGGGACUUGGAGCUAAUGACUCCUUCAUUUUCACUGACAUCUGGGCUCUGAAUGGGUGAUUCUUAUUUCCCUCAAACAAAAACAAAAACUCUUCCCCUCCCCCAUUAUUCAACAAAUAUUUACUGAGGUCUGACAUUGUGAAUCACAGACACUGUCCGUGUCCUUGUGGAGCUAUCAUGCUAGUGUUACUCCACUAAGAUGAUUUCAGGUAGUCACAGGCACUAAGAAGUUAAUGCUGGGCUAUAGGUGGUAUGGCUCAUUUGGCCUGGAUGGAGUCAGGGAAGGCUUCCCUAAGGAGGUGGCAUUGACGCUCAGACUGGAAGUAGAAAGGGCAGGAGAAGGCGAAGAGAGAGAACAGUGCCCUGAGGUCAGAAAGUACUCAGAGGGCUCCAGGGGCAGAAAGGAGGUGAGGGGGUGAUGAAGGUGAGAAGAGUAACCAGAGAAGAGAUGGGAGCUGUCAGCAGAGGCCACAUCAUGUAAGGUCCUUUUGUAGUAUUGGCCUAGAAUCUUAGCCUAGGGUUCUUACAACCAUGGGGAGUUUGCAGACUGGCUUCUGAAGUUCAGGGAUCCCCUGAGAUUAUAACCAAAAGAUUCCAACAGUAUGUGCUCAGCAGUCAUUGUGUACCCCACACCAGAGCUGUUCACCCUUCCCUGCACCACUCCGUGCCCCAGGAGGGUGAUCUCUAUACACUGGAUCAACCUGGCCACUUGGGUUCAGCCCUGGCAGGAGAUCUGAGUCCUGGAGGAAAGGUCACACAAUCGAGAUAUUUAUGGUUCACUGUGUGCCAAGCACUGGUAGGCAUUGGGAAACUGCAGGAGAGAGCAAGGACCCCAGCCCUGUGCCUCUGGAGGAAGAGCGCUGGAUGAAUUCAAUACAUUCAAGCAUGUUCUGUGAACGACCUUGACCUAAUCUAAUUGACAUUUAUAGAAUAUUAUAUCAAACAACUGCACAUAGAAUGUGGAUCAAGAUAUGCUGGGCCAUUAAAAAAAUCAAUGAAUUUCAAAGGAUUGAAAUUAUAUGGAGUAUAUUCUCUGACCACAAAGGAAUUAAAUUAAAAAACCACUAACAGAGGAGUUGUGGUGAGCUGUGGGCCGUGCUGGCCUCAGCCAGAUUGCUCGGCCAAAUGCAGGAGGAGCUAUGCCCUGGACUGUCCUGCUCUUUGCAGCUGGCUCCAUGGCAAUCCCAGCGCCAUCCAUCCUACUGCUACCCCCACACCCCAGCAGCCAGGAGGACCCCAUCUACAUUGAAUGCAUGGCCCCCAGGGGCUUCCCAGGGGCCAAUUUUACGCUGUACCAAGAGGAGAAUAUGGUCCAGUUCCUGCAGGCCCCUGCAGACCAGCUUGGGGUCACCUUCAACCUAAGUGGCGGCAGGGAGGCUGCGGGAGGAACAUUCUACUGCCAGUACGGUGUGCUAGGUGAGCACAGGAAACCUCAGCUGUCAGACCGCAGUGAGCUGGUGAAUGUCUCCUUCCCAGCGGCCACGUGGAUCCUGCCAUUCUCCUUGGGCCUGGCUGGAGCCUUCCUCCUCCUUGCUGGACUGGUGACCAUUGCCGUGGUGAUCAGGAAAGUGCAAGUUAAAAAAUUGCAGAAGAAAAGAGAGCAAGAAUCCUGCUGGGCCCAGAUCAACUUCACCACCACAGACAUGUCCUUUGAUAACUCCCUGUUUGCCAUCUCGACCAAAAUUACUUCAGAAGGAGAUGCAGCCACCCUGGAUGAUCUCUCAGGCUCCACUGCGACUCCUGGCAACUUUGGGCCCCGGAAGAGGCCCACUUCCACAUCAUCUUCGCCUGAGCCCCCUGAAUUCAGCACCUUCCGGGCUUGCCAGUGAGGCUGAGGAUUGGGUCCCUCUCUCUCUGCGUGCUCUGCCCUCCAUUCCGCGUUCUCUCAUUUGAACUGGCUGGGCUGCGUGGGGCCCAAGGUCCCUUCAACUCCUUUGAGGGGUUCUGGCUGCUGCUUUCUCAGGGAACUGAACAGUGACAAAGGGACCCCUGGCCUUGGGACCUUCCUCACAGAGGAGCAGGAAUGGGAGAGGGGCUGCAGGCAUUAGCCCAGAGGCUGGACAGCACGCAGGAAGCUUCUCUUUGGAUUCCCAGCUUCUCAGAUCUCCAAGGAAGGAAAUGUUAGGAUCCCUUCUGGCCCCCAGCUGGGCCACAAGAGGUCUGAGCUCUCCACACAGCCCUAUGGUUUCCUCUUCCCUUGCCACACCUGACUUGGCCAACCCAACUGGGUUUUUAGAACAUAGGGUACCUGAGGGUGUGUUCUGUGUGUCUGCCCUGCUGGCAUGCCUAAGUUAUUAAUUAUAGCACGUGUUGAGCUGUU